AUGACGACUGUUAACCACGCCGCUGCAGCUUCCGGGGCCGCGACGACGAGCCCGACGAGCAGCUCGUCCUCCUCGAUCUCCUCCUCCACCGCCUCCUCGACCCCGACCUCCUCCUCCUCCAGCUCUUCCAGCAUCAUCAGCACCCCCAGCAGCACCUCCUCCCGGAGCAACGUCGCCACCUCCACCACUUCCCUCCCGACGAGUACGAGCACCAGCCGCUUCACACAGACCACCACGCAGAGCUCGACGAUCCAAGACACCACCAUCAUCCACACCGUCACGCGCCAUGGCACCACCUCAGUACAGACGAGUACCUCCUCCUUCCCCACCAGCGGCAGCACGACAAGCACCGCGUCCAGCUCCUCCUCGGUCAUCACCCACGGCACCACCAACAACGGCCGUAAUGGCGGCCUGAGCACCGGCGGCAUCGCCGCCAUCGCCGUCGUCGUCCCCGUCGCCGUCAUCGCGCUUCUCAUCGGCCUCGGAAUCGUCUUCUGGCGCCGGCGAAAGCAGAAGAAGGAGGACGAGGACAUGCGGCGCAAGGAAGUGGAGGACUACAACUACAACCCCAACGGCGAUCCCACCCUCCCCGCCAUCGGCUCCGAUGCAGGCGGCGCGCAAAUGACCGAAGACCACAGCAGCGGCUACCGAGGCUGGGGCGCCACGGCCGCCAGUCGCGGAAUGUCCACCACCAUGUCAGGCGGUCACACGCAGCAGCUCUCCGAAUCCGGCAACUCGUACGGGCACCAAGCCGAUGGCCUCGGCGGCGACCCGAACGGCAUGGGAGACCGCGACACAAUGGGAAGUGAUGACCUCGCCGCCCUCCCGGCAAUGGCCGGCGGCGCCGCAGCAGGCCGUCACGCAAACCUCCGCCGCGGCCCCAGCAAUGCCUCCUCCGCCUACUCCGCCGGCGACCGCUCCGAGUCGGAAGAGCGGCCGCCGAUGCCCAUUGGGCAGGCCUACGACUACACUCCCUCCAACACCUACGGCUACGGCCAACACGGCCCGUACGGCGACGCGUCGUAUGGUGGUGGUGGUGCUGCUGGCGCGCAGCAGCCGACGAGCAACGGCAUGCCGGUUGUGCGGGAUUUGAACGCGCGCCGUGACACGCGCAUCCAGCCUGGCGGGUCGUAUCAGCAGGGGAACUCGGGGAUUGCGCAGAACUUUUAA